GUUCGAAAUCAAUGAGUGAGUGAGAGAAUAUACAAUCUCAAAGCUCUCACCACUUAACCAUUAUCUCAUGCGACCAUUAUAUAUGUCCUUCAACUAAGAAAGAACCAACUCAAUUAAACUCUCUAGCUAGCUAGCUAAUUAACACACAAUUUCUCAGCUUUUUUCAAAUCUAAGAAAAAACCCUAUAAUCAGUUAUCCAAAUGUUUAAAUUACCGAAAUUGAGCUUAGUCACAGUGCUUUUAGCUGCUGUGAUGAUGAUAACCAUGGAAACAACAUUCAUCCAAGCCAGCCAUCAUCAUCAUAAAAUGGAUAGUCCGGAACCGGUGGAUGAAUGGUUCGAAAAGCUCUCUCUCGCAAAGCCACAAAAAACGAAGCUUCAUGUCUACAUUCACGACCUUCUCUUUGGUAAAAACCAGAGUAUUGUUCCAGUUGCUCGGGCCAAUGGUACCUCAACUUCGCCGACCGAGUUCGGGUUGAUUAACGUUGUCGACGACCCGUUAACACUCGGGCCGGAUCUCAACUCGACGCGGGUCGGUCGGGUCGAAGGGGUCUAUGUUUCGGCUUCCCAGGAGGUUGCGAGCAUUCUUGUGGCGGUUAACUUCGUGUUUACGGAUGGGAAGUAUAAAGGCAGCACUCUCAGCGUUUUAGGGCGGAUCCCGAAAUUCGAUAAGAAUCGGGAGUUCCCAGUGUUGGGCGGUUCCGGGUUUUUCCGGCUGGCGCAAGGCGUCGUCACCGCCGCGGUUCUCCCGACGGAUAAGGAAGGGAACCAUGCUGUUGAAUGCCAGUUCAAAUUGGUGCAUUAUUGAUUCUGACUUGGUUAGGGUACAAAUCGCCAUGAGAUUGCAAAAUAAGUGGUUUUGAAUUUUUUGAUAUACUCUAUUUGUUCCAGAAAAAUAAAAUAAUUUACGGACUACAGUUUGGGAUUUGCAUUCUGGGAAAUGAGCGAUUAUAUCUCAAAGUUCUCUUUCCUUUCUUUUAUAUUCCUGUUACUUAGAAAGUCUGGUUCCUGUACCUUUUUUCUCCUUUGAUAUUGAACGUGAUUCAUCAAGAAAAUUUGAUUUAUGAUCAGUUUAAUAAUUUUCUCUAUUUGAUCUGUGUUUAAGUUACUUUGAUUUUUCAAUGUUCAUGAAGUUUAAUCUAGUACUAAAAUUCUAUUCAUUGGCGUAUUAAGAGAAGUAUGAAAAAUGUACCCAAAAAGAAGA